CUGGCAUUGCAUCAGAGAGCACGGUAUACGAUAUUUUAAUAGUAAUAGUAAUAUUCGUCUCUAUCCUUACCAGAGUCCGACCCACAUUUUGCAGUCAGGAAGUCGUGUUUUAUAUAAACUCGUGAUAUAGAAAUGGAAAAACCCUCAUAGACAUUUAAUUGUUGCUUCGCGACGGUUGGCUUGGCCUCAGAGCUUGUAUUUAACUAGAGAGGCAUGCUUUGAUAGCUCAUAGACGCAGGAUAGUUGGCUGUCGUUCACACGUCACACACUGAAGCACAUCAGAUUCGGCAUUUUCGGACAAAGCAACCAUGAUAGAAGAACUGGACACAGUGUUGAAAAGGUUGCAGUACUUCGCGGAACACAUUCCAGACAAGGAAUUUUUUAUCUUCUAUGGCAGCGAGCCUGGACAACGGUCAGCGUUCACAGCACGACAGGUCUACACAUUGUCUGGUAGGUUUGCGGCCAGACUACACCAACAAGGGUUCCAGCGUCAUGACGUCAUCGCCAACACCCUGCCAAACUCACCGGAGCGGGUCAUCACUGAUCUGGGUGUCAUGAUGUGUGGGUGUACGCCGAUGAAUGGACAGGUGUUACUCGCAGACGGAGAAGAUUUCUUCCAGUCUGCCCGAGUCAGUCGUUGCCAGGGCAUCAUCGUCUGCCCUUGUGACUCCCAGUCUGGCUGGAGACUGGUGAAAAGGUUUACCUCUCUGGGAGCAGGCGGAGAAAAUACGACAUCUGGUGAUGGUCUUGACUUCUUGUCCCUCUCCUGUGAAGGUGUAGGCGCCCCUGAGUUAAAGACGGCGAUUUCAAUAACCGAAGAAAAUUCUGGAUCCAAAAAAUCAUUUUUAUCUGGCCUGAUGACUAGCACAGAUGAACCUUAUACAGGCCAGGUGGAGCCUGACGACGUUCUCAUGGUGUUCACCACCUCUGGCAGCACGGGAUACUCGAAGCUGGUUCCUCGGACACAUAAGGAGGCCAUAUCAUUGCACAUAGAUUGCUACGGAGAGUUCGACGAGGAGGAGAUUAAAAAGCCAAAAGCAGCCAGAUACAGUGACGCUCGGCUUGGCUGGGCAGGAGGCUACCCCUACGUCACGUACAUCCUAAGCACGACACGAGUAAUGAAAAACUAUUUGGUUCCACAAGACGAAACAAAGCAUGCCCAUGCCAUCUGGACAGCAAUCUGCAAUGAACAGUGUCCAUCUGCCAGCAUCCAGCAAGUGGAUAUUGAUAAUGUUCUGAAAUUUGCUGAAACAUCAACUGACUUGGACGGCAGUAAGCUGAAAAUGUUGAUUUCCUCGGGUCGCCCAUUGAAUAAGCGCCAGGUCCGAAAGAUGCACAAACUGUCAGGGCGUGUAAUGGUCGGGUACGCAGCGACAGAGUGCGGCCUUAUUGCCAUGGGCUGUGCAUUUGAGGACACAGAAGACUUUUACUGUGGUAAACCUGCCAAGGGUAUCCGCAUCCGCAUCGUAGACAGUGAAGGAAAUGAUCUCAAGACUGGCGAGACUGGCACCGUGUGGGUGAAAGGAGGGCCCUACAACAUUGUGCAAGGUUAUUUCAAUAAACUGGAGGAUCCUGACCCCAAAACUCUGAAGGUGUCCGACCCUGUUUUGUACCACAAGAUCUGCGCUUGCGUGAGAACGGCAAAAGGAAGUGACUUUAGUGAGACCAAGCUUCGAGAGUUCUGCGAGACGCUCUUUGUGGAAAGUACAUCGAACUCCAUCACGCCCAUGCCGGAGUAUUUCAUGAUUAUGACUGAGUUUCCACGAUCUCUCAACGGAAAGAUCAACAAGAGAGAACUGAGAAGACAAGCGGAGGAGAAAUUUUGCCCAUCAAUGAAUGUCAUUGAAGAUUGAGUUGUGAAGGACUCCGAUGAGAAAGUUUAAAUGAGGCGUGUCAAACUCAAUCGCUCAUGGGGCCAAACUCAAAUUACACUCAAAUUUUCGGGUCGAAAUGGACAAAAUAUUCAUUGAGCCGUGGAAAACGUAACCCUUUUAAAAAAAUAAAUAAUAAUGAUAUGAGUAAAAAAAACCCCAAAGUUAAGAUAGCAACAGUCUCUAAUAAAAAAUACACUUUUUUGCCCUAAUGCUAACUGGUUGGAUCUGGAUGUAAGGCAUUUUUUCUUAGCACCAUUUUCUGUAUUAUGGGGGUUCUCUAGUAGUACACCAUAUAAUAACGCCUUGUUUGAUAUCAUUUGCGCCGUAUUAUAAUUUAUUUUUGUGUCUUGACUCCAACACUUAAAACGAGGACAGCAGCACAGUUGUCGGGGUCAAUGUUCCACAGUUCUGUAUGUCUAAACAUACUGAUUUAGAAUGACCUCUUUCUGGAAGGUACACAUAUUAUUACGUGAAGGAAUACCACGAUAUGCCUCUGAUCAGCAUGCAGAGUCCUGUAGUUAAAUUAUAUUUUGCUUCUCAGCUGAGAUUUAUGCAAUGUCAUUCGGUUUCCUGAUGAUUUUGGAAAUUUUUUUUGUGAAUAUAAAAAAAAAUGUUUGAAACAACACAUGUUUAAAACAGGUAACCCCUCCUCCCUUCAGAUCCUUUCUCCGUGAUAGUCGAACUCCUUCAACACACGCCCAGUUUCUUAAUAUUGUGUCACAUUCAGUGUAGUCAUGUUGAUAGAACCAUAUCAGGCAGGAAUUAACAAAUAUCGUACAUAAAACGAAGAUAUCGUUAUCAGAUUGUUGGUUUCUGUGUGGAAAAUAGGUUAUGCAGCUUAUGUUCAGACUGAAUGUGAACACAAGAAAUGAAAGGUGGUUUCCAUGUGAUUUAAUGAUGUAAUUCAUGUUAUAUUCCAUCACUUAUAAAAUACAUUAACUUAGGUAUUCACGUACUUUAGAGUUGACAUUUUGUUAUGUUAUGCAAUAUGAAACCAUAUAUUCCUGACGAAACAAAUAAAUUAUAAUGUAAAAGUGUG